AUGGAGAGAAUCGAUAUCCACACCCACUGCGUACCACCCUCUUAUCGCGAGUAUUGCCUACAGAGCGACUUCGCGGGCAGAGGUCACCCAGAUGGAAUGCCCGCAAUCCCAGAAUGGAGUCCCGAAGCACACAUCGAACUAAUGAACCAGCUGAAAAUCAAGAAAUCAGUUCUGAGCAUGUCCUCUCCAGCAACACAUUUAACCCCGGGAAAUGACGAAGAAGGCCGAUCUGUAACCCGACGGGCCAACAUCGACAUGUCCAAAAUCUGCGCCGAUCACCCAACCCACUUCCUCUUCUUCGCGUCUCUCCCCCUCCCAGACGUGGAAGGCUCCCUUGCAGAAAUAGACUAUGCACUGGACCAUCUUGGCGCAGUGGGGUUUCAGAUUCUGACCAAUUCGCAUGGCAUCUACCCGGGUGAUCAGCGCUUUACCCGGGUUUUUGACAAAUUGAGUGCGCGAAAGACCAUCGCCUUCUUUCACCCAACUACAUGUCUCAUCCGGCACGAUGAUGACUCCCUGGAGAAGGUUGUACUGCUUCCUGGGGUCUCGGCGCCUAUUAUGGAGUUUAUGUUCGAUUCGACCAGGGCACUUAUGAGUCUGCUUACGUCUGGGACUGUUGACCGCUGUCCUGGAAUUACAUUCGUGGCUUGCCAUUGUGGUGCGACUUUUCCUCCGAUUAUGGAGAGGAUCGCGGAGUUUUCGUCCAUGAUUCCCGGUCCAGGGGAUGGGAUUAGUGGGGAGAGGAUUAAGCAGCUGUUGCAGACGCGUUUCUAUUUUGAUCUUGCGGGUGUGCCAUUCCCGGAUCAGAUUCAUGGUCUUCUGCGGCUGGUUGAUUCGUCUAGAUUUCUGUAUGGGAGUGAUUACCCCUAUACCCCAGCAGCGUUGGCUGAGUCUCUGGCUAAGAGAGUGGAUGAUGGAUUGCAGAGUGUAUUUGGAUCGGAGACAACGAAACGAAUUUUGUUCCAUAAUGCACAGGAUCUUCUUAGGGAAACGACUGAGUAG